GAGCUCUGUUCCGCCCUUCAGGCGGCACCCUCCGUGCCGUGCGGGGCGCUGGCGGUGGCUCGCUGCGGCAGCGGCGGGGCGGUGACGUUGCGCGGCCGGUGGAGGGCGGGGAGGAAGAGGAGGAGACCCGGGCGCCUCUCGGGCUGAGGCAGCUGCUUCCCGCUGAGGUGCUGCUCGUGUCCCGUCCUUCUCCCUCGCUGGCCUCGGCUCGGGGAGGCAGCCGCGGCUCUGCUGAAGCUGCGAUGUGCUGGGCCUGAGCGCUCCCUCGCUGCCCCGCCCGCUUUGGGCCUUCCCGGGGCAGGGGGCUGCGAUGGCUGCGGAGCGCUGGCAGGAUUCGGCGGCCCAGCAGGCCGAGCAGGCUGCGGCCCGGGUGCGGGACGUCCUGUCGGGCGGCCUGGGCCUGCUGCGUGCCGAGCUGGGCCUCGAGCUGGGCCUCGACCCGCAGGGCCUGCCCACCUGGCUCGCCCUGGUGGUCCCGGCCGCGCUGGGGCUGGGGCUGCUGGGGCUGCUCCUGGCCGUGGCCUGCGGAGGUAGCAUCCGUAAGAAGCCGGCGCGGAGCGCGGCGGAGAGGAAGGGUGACGAGGCGGCCGGCGCGGGCCUGACAGCCGGCGGGGGCCAGGGCAAGCCGGCGGGCUCGGGCCCCGGGCAGCUGCACCUGAAAAGCGACGAGCAGAAGAAACGAAACAAGAAGAAGCUGCCGGAGAAAACGGCGCGGCCUAAUGGACGGACUUUCCUUGAUGUGGCUGAGGAUGAAGUAAUCCAGACUGUCCGGAAAGACAACGUGAAGCAGCCUGUGGACACAGAGAAGAAGAAUGAAAAGUCAAAGAAAAAAAAGAAGUCCAAGGGAGAUGCUAAAACGGUUCAGGAUUCCUCACGGCUAGAUGGAAAGGAAGUUGAUGAAGGAGCUUGGGAAACAAAAAUCAGUAACAGAGAGAAGCGCCAGCAGCGUAAGCGAGACAAAGUGCUGACCGACAGCGGCUCAGGAGAGCCGAAUCUCCAGGGAGUGGAAACUACAGUAACUGUAUCCAUUGAACAGCUGAUGCCUGCACCAGCACUUCCACUUGGGCUCAGGAAAAAUAAAGUUUCUCCAGGACUGAGUGAAAGCCAUACAGUAAAUGGAGGGAGCUGGAACGAGAAGUCUGUUAAAAUCUCCUCACAGAUUGGUGUAGGGGAGGAGAAAUGGACAUCUGUUCCUUCAGCUGCAGCUGGGAAGAGGAAGGCUGAGCCAUCAGCUUGGAGCCAGGACACUGGAGAUGCUAAUGGCAAUGGAAAGGACUGGGGAGUAAGCCUGGUGGGCAGGCCCUGGAAAGAACGUCCUCUCUUCACUCCUAUGGCUGCUUGGAAUAUGGAUGCAAGGAUUAAUACCUCUGACCAGAAUUCCACUUCUUUCUCUUCAUUUGGAUUGACUCCUGGAGUUUCUGGAUCCAACAGUGAGGCAGUUUCUCAGGCUGGCACUUCUGACUUUCAGUGGGAUCAUGCCCAGCCCCCUGUCGAUGACGAAUGGUCUGGGUUAAAUGGACUUUCUUCAGCUGAUCCCAGCUCUGAUUGGAAUGCACCAGCAGAAGAGUGGGGAAACUGGGUAGAUGAAGAAAAAAUUGCUUCUGUUCCUCAACCUGAAGAGAUAUCUGAUGUUCAGAAGGCUUCAGAUAAUGAAAGAGAAAAAGCAGAGGCUGUUCUUCAGGGCACUGCAAGUGGCAAAUCCAAGAAAAAGAAGAAGAAAAAGAAGAAGCAAGGUGAAGAAGCUAACUCCCCUGCACAGGACACUGAAGAACUGGAUAGAGAAGCUGGAGAGCAGUUUCAGGAGGAUACCUCAAAAGCUCAAGUGCAGCAGGAGAGACCUUUUCCCCGGAAGACCAUGAGUACUAGUGACCCAGCUAAGCCCGAGGAGGCUCCUUCACUUGCUGUUUCUACUGAGCCAUCUGUAAUUGUAUCAGAGAGUGACUCUGACAAGAUCACUUCCCAAGUGCCACAGAUGAUGCAACAGACAGAUAUCUCUAGUCCCAGUAUUAAGCAAAACAGUGUGCCUCCUCCACAGACCAAGUCUGAAGAAAGCUGGGAAUCCCCCAAACAAGUCAAAAAGAAGAAGAAAGCAAGAAGGGAAACGUGAAGUGGCAGAGAUGGACACGUGUGGCUGAGUGUUGUCAUGAAGAUCAUGCUGUUUAUGCAAUAAUUUGUGAACAUGUACAGAGUUUUAUAGAAAUUGAAACCAAUUUUUAAGGAGAAACAUAAAAACAAAACAAACCAAACCAGAACUGCUGUGAACACAACCAUCUUGGGAAAGCAAAUCCAAGGAGAAAGUAACCAUGCUAGAGCAAAGCCCAACGUGCUCCACGGGAAAGACUUGGCUGAAGAAGCCCAGCUUCUGGAGAGAGAUCUGAAUGAAAGCAAAGAGACUGGUUUGAGAAGCAGUGCCCUGUUUACAACAGAUUGUACUCCUCUGCAGCUGUGGAGAAAAGAUGAAUUUCAAGGAAGGGUUUUCUGUAUAAAAAAUAAGCAAACCCACAAAAGAAAAUCAUUGUAUCAUAGUGGAGUGUUCCUUGCCUCUGCUGAGAGCUGAGGAGCACAGAAUGUCAAGCAUCUUGAAUUUCCUUCAUGCCUAAAUCCAAGUGCUUUGAUUCAGUAACAUAACCUUGCCAUAUCUGUGCAGGAAGCUGGUCAGCCAGAGCCUGCUAGCUAGGAGAGGAAUCACAAGUGCAAAACCAUUAACCAUUUGUACAGUCAAGACCUUCGUGGUUUAUUAUAUGAAGUUAACACAAUAAAAACUGGCUUUGGGUUAAAA